GGGGGGGGAGGAAAGAAGAGAAAUCGUCGGCUUCCUAGGAAAUCCUUCUUGAGCGCUAAGGAGCCGUCCAGAAAGAAUAAGCACAGUCAUCAUAAUACAAGGAUACAUCUGGACUCUGUUUGUAUUUCCUGGUUUUCCUGGGGACGAAGAUGCUGUCCUACAGUGUCCUGGAUGCUAAUGUGGUGGACGUGGAAAAAAGGCGAAAUCCUUCCAAGCAUUAUGUAUAUAUCAUAAAAGUAACCUGGUCAGACUCAACUUGCCAGACAAUCUACCGGAGAUACAGCAAGUUCUUUGACCUCCAGAUGCAGCUUCUGGAUAAAUUCCCAAUUGAAGGAGGUCAGAAAGAUCCUAAGCAGAGAAUCAUUCCCUUUCUUCCAGGUAAAAUCCUCUUCCGAAGAAGUCAUAUUCGAGAUGUCGCUGUGAAGAGACUAAGACCCAUUGACGAAUACUGCAGGGCAUUGGUGAAGCUUCCCCCUCACAUUUCACAGUGUGAUGAAGUCUUUCAGUUCUUUGAGGCCAGACCAGAGGACCUCAAUCCUCCUAAAGAGGAUUAUGGAUCCUCAAAAAGAAAAUCAGGUGCUGACGCUAGCUCUGAACCUAUGAUCCUGGAGCAGUAUGUGGUGGUAUCUAAGUAUGAGAAACAGGAGAACUCAGAAAUCAGCCUACAAGCUGGCGAGGUGGUCGACGUUAUAGAGAAGAAUGAAAGUGGUUGGUGGUUUGUAAGCACAUCAGAAGAACAAGGUUGGGUCCCUGCCACAUACCUGGAAUCACAAAGUGGAAUUAGAGAUGAUUCUGAAAUUAACAUGUCCAAAGGAGGGGAAGUUUCUAAGAGACGCAAGGCUCACCUGAGACGCCUGGACCGGCGGUGGACAUUGGGAGGGAUGGUCAACAGGCAGCAGAGUCGAGAAGAGAAAUAUGUCACGAUCCAGUCAUACACCAGCCAGGGGAAGGACGAAAUCGGGUUCGACAAAGGAGUCACCGUGGAGGUCAUUCAAAAGAACUUGGAAGGAUGGUGGUACAUAAGGUACUUAGGCAAAGAGGGCUGGGCCCCAGCAUCGUAUCUGAAGAAAGUAAAAGAUGAUCUUCCAUCUAGGAAAAAGAACUUAACAGGACCAGUUGAAAUUAUCGGAAACAUCAUGGAGAUCAGUAAUUUGUUAAACAAGAAAUCUUUGAGUGACAAGGAAACCCAAUCAGAAAUCGAAACGGCAGAAUCGCACAUCACCAAGAAGGAAAUAAGUUUGCCCAUCUUAUGCAAUGACUCCAAUGGCAAUUUCAUGACAGCACAAGACAAGCAGGUGUCCAAACUGGCCCAGGGAUCUCCAGUCAUAGCACGGAUUGCACCACAAAGAGCUGAAAUAAGCUCUCCAAAUCUAAGAACGAGGCCUCCCCCAAGAAGAGAAUCUAGUUUGGGCUUUCAGUUACCUAAACCUCCUGAGCCACCAUCAGUAGAAGUUGAAUACUAUACUAUUGCAGAGUUCCAGUCUUGUAUCUCUGAUGGGAUAAGUUUUCAUGGGGGACAAAAAGCAGAGGUCAUUGACAAGAAUUCUGGUGGCUGGUGGUAUGUGCAGAUUGGUGAAAAAGAAGGCUGGGCUCCAGCAUCAUACAUUGAUAAAAGGAAGAAGCCCAAUUUAAACAGGCGAACCAGUACUUUGACCAGACCCAAAGUUCCUCCCCCUGCACCUCCCAAUAAACCGAAAGACUCUGAAGAAGUAACAGCAUCAGGAACAGUAGUUUCAGGAGAUGCCCAGGACUCUCCUGACAAGCAAAAAUAUGAAGAACCAGAGUAUGAUGUGCCUGCCUUUGGUGUUGAUUCUGAAUCUGAGCUGAGCCAGGGAGAAGAGGGUAGCACAUUCCAUAUUACAAAGCCUUCCCCUAUAUCAUCCCUCCAAAGGGCAAAAUUCAAAGUUGGAGAGUCUUCUGAGGAUGUGGCUCAUGAAGAAGAAACCAUCUAUGAAAAUGAAGGUUUUAGGCCUUACAUAGAAGAUGCUCUGUCACAUAAAGAAUCCAGUGGAGAAUCAGAUUCCCAAAAAAGUCCCUCACUGUCAUCAAUCCAAAAAAACCUUCCCUGUUCUGUUUCCCCGAAGUCCACCCUUCUGAAGCCCAAAUGUGACAAAAGCGUUCAGCCACAUCUUGGAAAACCUCACUACUCGCGGAACGAGGAGACAAAGCCAAGGUCAGCUUCCGAUGCUGGCUUAAGUACACUGCCCAAAUCAGGCAUAAAGAAAGAUACUGGGGAGACUGCGUCUAGCAAAGCAAAACCUGUAGUGCGACCCAAACCUUUCCUGAACAAAGCAGAUUCCCAAAGUCAGGAAAAGAUGGACAUCAGCACUUUACGCCACCAGCUGAGGCCCAUUGGGCAGUUGAGAGGUGGACUUAAAGGUUCAAGAAGUGAAGAGUCUGAAAGUCCGCCUUAUACUGCCUCUGGAAACCUAGAUGAGUCCAUCCGAAGAAGUUCUGCAGAUCUCAUUACAUCUCCUUCCAAUGCUGCAUUCUACAAUAGUCAGUCAGCCAAAGCAGAGAAUGAAAACAACUCCUCAAAGUGUCUCUACAUAACUACUGACUCUUACCAGAAGGUUCAGGAUUCUGAGAUCAGUUUCCCAGCAGGAAUUAUGGUGGAAGUGCUGGAAAAGCAAACAAGUGGGUGGUGGUAUUUGAAAUAUGGAGAUAUCGAAGGGUGGGCUCCUUCUCACUAUCUGAUGCCCUCAGAUAACCAGCAACGAGAGAGUACUUCCUGUGAAACUAACAUCUCACUGGCCAAGAACAGAAAAAAUGAAAACAAAUCCAAUAGUUUGGAGAAGAUAGAGAAGAAGGUCCAGGCACUGAACACCAUUAACCAGAGCAAGAGGAUGCCUCCUAUUCCCAGCAAACCUCCUGGUGGUUUCUCCAAAACCUCGGGACCUGUCAAACUACGAAACGGAAUUAGACAGUUAGCAGUGAGACCACAAUCGGUGUUUGUCUCACCUCCGCCCAAGGAUAAUAAUCUGCCUUGUUCUCUCCGCAGGAACGAGUCUCUUACAGCCACAGAUCACCUGAGGGCAGUACGCCGCAAUUCUUCUUUCAGUGCUGCUCAGUCCCAGAUUAGCGAUUCUAAAGUAAAACAUGCUGAUCGCCUGGGCUCUGAGGUUUCUGACACAACCGCCUACCUACCUACUGACCGUAAUGGAAUCCCAGUCUCCACAGUCCGGCCCAAGCCCAUUGAAAAAUCCCAGUUCAUUCACAAUAACCUUAAGGAUAUCUAUGUUGCUAUUGCAGAUUAUGAGGGAGAUGAAGAAACUGCUGGAUUUCCAGAAGGUGUCUGCAUGGAGGUACUGGAAAGAAACCCCAAUGGUUGGUGGUACUGUCAGAUCAUGGAUGGAGGGAAACCUUUUAAAGGCUGGGUGCCCUCAAAUUAUUUGGAGAAAAAGAAUUAGCGCUCCAACAAUUUUUAUACACAUUAAUUUAUACUUUCCUACUAUGUACAUAGGCGGAUGGAUGGACAACACCAAGAUGUGUUUUCUUUUGUUUGGUCAGUAUAAAAGAGACGGUCAAAUGGAGCUUAGCUAUGAUCAGCAAUUCUGCUAUCUUCAAGAGGGUGUUUGAAGGAAUUGGCUCGUUCAGCAAAUGUCAAGAAUAGGCAACGGAAACCAAAACCUUGAGGUUUUGUUAUUUGGUGGCGCCUUUCACAGUUGGAGCCCAACAGGGUACAUUAGCCCAUCCUCCUGGACAUAAUAAUAGGAAACCAAAUGUGUGCCUUUCACAAUAUAGUCUGCUUGAGAAUUAUAGGGAGUUGGUGCCAAACCUGGACAAGUUAAAAGGAAAAAAAACUUGUUCAUUUCUUCUAUGUACAGUGUGUAAAAGCAUCUCCAAGCUGUGGAUGGUUUUUAUCCCAAGACUUCUUUCACGUGUGCAGAAUAAGGGGGGAGGUUUCUCUGAGGAAUCCAACAUCAACCCUCAGCUGCUUUUUCACUAUGCAUUCUUGGCAUUGGUGUCUGAGUGCAUAUUGUUCAUUUCCCCCCAUGGGAUCCAUCAUGCUAUCCUCCUGUAAUAAUGUGUGUAUGUGUCAAGUGUUUCAAGAAGUAUCAUUUUAAAAAAACACACCCUAUUCUAAUUUGAAUUUGAGUAUAACCAAUUCGAUGUGGUUCUAGGUAUUUGGUGAACACUGAAAGCUAUGUGUUGUGCAUACUUCUUGUGCACACUUUGGUCUCACAGUUAUUUGCCAAAAUCCUCUUAUGUGGUUAUGCAAAUGGCAUAACUUUUUGGUAGUGAAUUGCCUUAAGAUAAGAAAUCACUGCAGACAUUAUCAGUUGCAUGCGGAGUCCUGUAACUCAGUAUGCAACUGAUAAUGUCUGUAGUGAUUUCUUAUCUUAAGGCAAUUUGCCUUCAAAAGUUACACCACGUGCUAUGUCAGCGUAACUAGGUAGGAGGAUGUAGAUUAAUAUUUUACAUUUAGGGUGUUCCAACAACCAAUACUGAUUUUUUUGUGUUUGUCAUAUAAAACUAAAUCUAAAUGCUAUUCAAAGUCCCGUAUUUAGAUUGUGAAGUUGCAGAUUUUCAGCUGAACACCUUAGUUGCGUAUAGCUGAGGACAGGAGGCAACAGUUACAUUAAUUUCUCCUCAUCAUUUAUAAAAUACAGAUCACUUGGCCACAGAGCACAGUUCCAGCUUGUAAACUAGACUGAAGCUCCUUGCACUUCAGCAGGUGUGGCUUCUUUAGAGCCAUCAUUGUGGGCCUUGUGUGUAAUUCCCACACAGGGACAACCAGCUAAGAUAAUUCAAAUUUUCUUUGCAGGAUAGAUCUUGACAAUCGGGAUCCAUCGCACACAGAAAAAUAUAAAUGGGUGAACAAGUCUUGAGUGCACCUUGAAUGAAUUGUAUUUAUUUUUAGAUAAUGGGUUUGGUGUUCUUUCUUGUGAAGGAAACAGCACUUCUGCAUGUUUCUGGGAACCCAACCCCCAGUGUAUAGAAGGGAACGAAAGGUCAAUACUUGUAAGGAGUGUCAUGCAUACUUUGAAGCUACAACACUACAGCAAUUGCCCACUCCUCAUCCUUCAUGCACAAUGAGUCUCUGUGUGCACAAGGGGGUUGUGCACACACAGUUCUCUGUCAUACAUUUCACUGAGAAGGGCUGUGACCUGUGUGCCAGCCCCACUGCCCAUGUCCAGAGUACUUCUCCCAGUGAAAUAAGGGGAAGAAUGCAAGUGCUGAAGAUAAGAGUGCACAUCAAAGCACCCACAAAAUGUGGGAUCACAGGCAAAUAGAAUUAGGUUUAAGGUAACAAAGUAAAGCUUACAUAUUCCCAUGCCACAAACAAAUAAAAGAGGGAAGACCCAUCCAGAUUUUAAUUUAAAUGUCCCCACUGGGAGAGAUGCAUUGCUGUUUAUAAAGUCAAACAGGAGAGAAAAAGCCAUGGAUUUUACUAUCUUCACAAACGUUUUUUGUUUGUAUAACAACAGGGUGGUGGUUUUUAUUUGUGAACAUCUAUGCUCUAGACAUUUUUUCUUUUAAUUACAAGCAGGAGAAAGUCACUAUUCUAUUGCAUUCUCUUGAAGGGUUGGGAGAGAAGCCUUUGAUAUCCUCGAGGAGGCACUGAAUAAGGGCGAAGAAUAUUGCUAAGCAGGAUGUGCAUGCUCACUGAUGUGUGCUCCCCUUCCCCCUCAUUAUUUAUGAUUCCAAGAGUUAAAAAAUACUUUUUGUGGGAGAGUGUGAAAAUGUCAAUAAGCACUGUGAGGGGGAGGGGGGGUUAAAGCAUAUGUUUUAUGUGGCCUCAAACACCAGCCUAUAAAUAAAUGUUGUAAUGGUAAAAGAACCACCAAAAGGCCUUUCCUUACGAACACUGAAGAUCAGCGCAGUGUGAUGUCAUUUUGAGGCCCAGCAUUUUGUGUCUGAAGAGAAAAAAGUUGGGUUUCACUGCAAGUGUUAACAGAGACUAAUGGAUAAAUGAACUGCGCAUUCUCUAUGGGCAUGUCAUGUCUUCUGCCAGCUGGAAGACAAAAAGAACAGGAAGAUUUUAAUGAGCUCGAGAUUUAACAUGUUCUUCCAAACCAUUGAGAAUUUGCAAUAUUGUGAGAUGUUUUGUCUUCCUGAAAAGUUAUAGAAGUCUCACUUGAUGUUUGCCUCUUACCAUUGUUUUUAUUGUGAAUUACGUCUAUUGAAUUACGAGAAAUGUCAACUGAUUGAUUUCCACAGCUCACGUGACUUUCAGUAUGAUCUGUUAAGACACAAUUAAAGUUUGUGAUAGACCUCACUGUCCACUUUGAUGCCAUGGGUGAAUUACCAUGGAAGAAAGGAGUUGCUUGGGGAAACGAGAAGGGACAGAAGAGGCCUCUGAACACCAAAAUAAGUCAGUGGGGAGAAGAGAAGUAUCUGCACUGCAGUGCAAUGGAAAAUGGUGCAGAUUUUAGCUUGAGCUCUUCUUCCUUAGGCCUAGGAGAUUUGUGUCUCAAAUGUUUCCCUCAUUUUUAAAAUUUCUACUCUUAGAAUUUUAGCAGCCACUUACAGGUUUGCAGGAGCUGCUGUGAGAUUAUUAUAGAUGUAUUAUGUUCUUCUGCUGGACAGUAUUAAAUAGAGCAAAACCAUAAAGUAAUCUGCUAGAUUGCAGUACUAAUAGUAGUUAUUUAGUGACUUGUAUUAAUGUUUAUGGUUUAUUUUUUAACAAUAAUGAUGAGGAAGUGGUUCAUUAUUUUUGAAUUAAUGCACUUUAGCCAUUUUAAAACCAAAAUGCAGAAAAAAUCCAAGUGCAUUAUUUAAAGAUGCAGUAUAAAUUGUCAUUUUUUUAAAAAAAGUUCACCUAUUUAUUAAAAUAAUUUAUGAUUAUUUAAAAUUGUACUAUACAGCUUUGUUCUAAAGAUGCCAUCAUCUCUUGGGAAAGCAAAAAGUGCACUUCCCAGAAUUUUGCAUUUGAGCCAUUGGACUCUCAAAAUACAGUAGGUUCAGUUAGCAAGACUCAAACUUCUGCCGAGGAAAAGGGGAAAUAUUUCUAAUUGGAAAGAAGCAAAAUUGGCUAGUAAUAUUUAAAAACAUUUAAAGUCUUGAAGAUUUUUUUGUGGAGAACAGAUCUAAAAUGAGGGGUAAGAGAUCAUGAGAUUUCCUUCCCCCACCCCAUAUUCCAGUAAUUCUCAGUACAUCAUUGAUUAUAGUUGAUUAUUCUGCACUCACAAUGCACACAAAUCAAUAUUUGCUAAUUUCAUUCAUGAUUUUAAAGACGCUUCUCUGAGCUCCCUCUGAGAAAAUAUAUUAUUCACUGCAUUUUUCACAAUUCCUUCAGUGAAGGAACCAUCUUUCCUUCAUACUGUCAAAACUAUUUUAUGAUUGUUUUGUAAUUCCAUAUUUAAUAUUCAUAUGGUACAAUGUAGCUAUGUUGUCUGUAAAGACUGGCUUUUUACAGGUAUCUGUUUAUUAUGAGACCAGUCACCCAUCAACAGUUAAUUUAAAUUUAGAUCAUAAAAAUGUGCCACAAGUAGGCCCCACAGUAGGCAGUUUUGUAAUGUACAUUAUUAAAAAAAUAAAUAUGGUGACUAGGUAAACUUCUGGUUAACCUCUGAGCUGUGCUCACUUAGCUCUGUAUCCACCUGACAUGCUUGAUCUUGCUCCUUGUUCUUGUAGAAACACAUUUUCAGUAACCAUCAUGCAGGAUGAGCUUAAAGCUCUUUUCAUAACUUCUGAAAGCAGCAUUCAAGUCCAGAGAAAAGGGG